AUGGAUUUUGUAACAGGAUUGCCUAGAAGCCAAAAAGGAUUUGAUGCAAUUUGGGUAAUAGUUGACCGACUCACUAAGUCUGCACAUUUCCUACCAGUGAGCAUGAGUUUCUCUUUGAAAAAAUUGGUCAAGUUGUACACAGAAGAGAUCCUAAGAUUACAUGGUGUUCCUGUAAGUAUUGUAUCUGACCGAUAUCCAAGUUAUCAGACUUCAAUUCAGAUGGCACCUUAUGAAGCGUUGUAUGGGAGAAGGUGUCGAUCUCCAAUUCAUUGGGAUGAAAUUGGAGAAAAGAAAGUCGUAGAUCCAACAGCGAUACCUUGGAUAGAAGAAGUCCAGGAGAAACUGAAGCUACCUGCAAGCAUGGCCAAGGCUCACGAUGUAUUUCACGUCUUCAUGCUUAGGAAAUAUUAUCCCGACCCAGGUCAUGUGUUGCAACUGGAAGGAAUUGAGGUGGAUGAGACGUUAACGUAUGAAGAAGGACCAGUCAAGAUUUUGGAAAGGGACGUAAAGGAACUGAGAAAUAAGAAAAUUCCUCUGGUGAAGAUUCUGUGGAGAAAUCAUAGAUUAGAGGAAGCAACUUGGGAAUCAGAAGAAGAAAUGCAGAAAAAGUAUUCCGAUUUAUUUCUUUCGAAAGUGUGA